GCGGCCGCGGGAGCGCGCCCGCGCCCCUGCCUCAGCCUCACCCGCCUCGGGAGUUGGGAGGAGGACGCGCUAAUGGCGAUGGCCCGGAGUUAGAAAGCAGGAAGGGAGCGGCACGGAAAGUGCAGACCAACUCCCCUACCCGGUACCGAAGGCUUCGUCGUGCUCUGAGGGGGGUCGGGGAGGGCGAACUUAUUUCCCCCUCCGCUUCCCCCCCCCCCUUCUCUCUGUGUGAAAGUAGGCGGGAGGAAGACGGAGGAGACGUUUCCUCUGCCUGAAGCGCUGAGGGGAGUUUUGAGCGAAGUAAACUCCGGGGGCGGAUUAGACCGGAGCGGGUCCUGUCCCGGCAGCGGCCGAGCGCGCCCAUGUUGGGGUGGGAGAGCCGGGCCAGGCCGGGUCGGGCCGUCGGCCGCCGCUUAGUUUGGGAGUGUGAAUGUGUCCAGGCCGCCGUGUCGCGCCGAAUCUGCCCGCCCGGGCCGCGCCAACGCAGUUUAACGCCCUAAAAGUUGUCGCUCGAUAGUUGUGACUCUUCUCGGCUCAUUUUCCUUUCCACAGAUGGGGAGCUUCGAUCCGCCCAAGUAACCGCCGAGGUUUCAGCCGUGCUCGCCCAGAAGUGGCCUUUCACGUUUUGUUCUGUAGUGAAGGAGCCGUUGGUAACCUCCCGGGGCGGCCACCCAGACUUGGCUAACAAUUGCCUUCGUGUCUUAAUGGUUGAACUGAUCUAAUAUGAUGAAAGCUGAAGGUAAAGGAGAGAGGACGUUCAGGAGCGCUUCGCCCCAUAGGAAUGCGUACAAGGCGGACUUUCAGGCUCUGAGGUGUACUUUUGAUGGAAGCAAACAGGAAAAUAAUUCUAAAAUGGGUGUCCAAAGAUCAAAUCGAGAAACUGAGCACAGAGACGACUUGCGGGGAAGGCAUUUCGGUAAUCGUGUACAUAAAAUAAAAAAUAUGUUGUUACAAAUGGGUAACACAGCGGAUGACACGACUGAAAUGAAUGAAACAAGCAAGGCUGAUUUGCAUGCACUUUCUCCGCUAAAACAAUCAAGUGGAGCUGUCUAUAGUAGCGUCCAUAAGUCAUGUCAUAAAAUGCCCAGUUCUUCUGACAAAAAGAACAGUGAAGAUGGAGAUUUGGAUAAAACUAGUAUGGCUGAAAAAUUCACUGAAACGAGAAAACUUUUUGAGCGUCAAAUUGGGGAAAAGGUGUUUGAUAAGACCUCUCAUAAAAACGAGAAUAAAGGUUCAACGAGUAAUUAUUCUUCUGAGGGUAAAAGAAGCAGCUCAUCGUCUUCAGAAGGUGGAGGAAGGAAAGUUAAGAGCGACUUAAAUCCCACUGCUCUGUCCAGCAGCAAUUCGAGAGAGAAUAAUCAGAAAGCUGCUGGCGAUGUAAAACAAAAUCAACCUCGUUCGUCUCUAAACGCUGGGCCAAUUUCGCGACGAUUAGAAAGCUUUCUCGCCGAUAGCGACAGCGAUGAAGCAAACAAAGACAACAUAACAAACUGCGGUGCAACUGAAUAUCGGAUUACCGAAGGGCACCAAAAGUCACCCAACAUUUCCUUUAUUAGUAAAAGCGCGUCCCCUGCAGGAGAUGAUGUGAAAUGGUCUCGUUCGAUUUCAGUGAAUAUAUCCACCAAAAAAAGUAAAGAUCCGAAAGAGGCAAUAGUAGACGACUGUAAGAACAGUUUCAAGACGCAGAAUGCAGACAGGUCUGAUGACGAUUCCUACAAUUUCUCUGAGGCAUCUACAUUUGACAAAACGACUCUUGAAACUAGUAGUUCCUUCAACAAUGAAUUGGACAGCCAUGUUUCAAAUGUAGGUCCAAACAAGAUAGGAGUAGUUCGGGCUGAAUUGGUGGAAGUUCAGAAUGAAUCUUCGGAGAGUGAAAUCGAAUUGGAUAAUGUUUUUGUUGAGAGGGAGAUGGAGUCACUUCAGAGUAUUAACCAGGAUGUAGGGCAGAAAUGCAAAACUUCUAAAAGCAAGGAAGAUGAAGAGCUGAUAUUUGAUGAUAUAACAAAUAAAUCAGAUGAUAGUGUUGGAGAAGAGGAAGAUGAGGAUACAGAGAAUACUGAAGAGGAAGACAGAAUUAGUGGAAAGUUGUUCUUGGGAUCAGAUGUUUGUGGGAUUGAGAAUGCUGCUUUUGUAGAUGAUAAAGAUACUGAGGGGUCUUUCCAGGAAGAAAGCAAAAGUAAGUGUGAUGAUGAAUACUUAGCUGAAGAGAUUGACUAUAUCCUUGAUGAUGAAUAUGAGGAAAUAUCUGGACUUUCUGAAGAAGAAGAGCCAAAGUUACACAGAAAAGUUAAUUUCUCCACAGCCCCAAUCAAGGUUUACAGUACCUAUUCAAAUGAUGAUUAUGAUAGGCGAAAUGAGGAAGUUGACCCUGUGGCAGCAUCAGCAGAAUAUGAAUUGGAGAAGAGGGUGGAAAAAAUGGAUGUUUUUCCAGUUGAAAUUGAGAAGGGUGAAGGUGGACUUGGAAUUAGCAUUAUUGGAAUGGGUGUUGGUGCAGAUCAAGGACUUGAAAAAUUGGGAAUUUUUGUGAAGACUAUCACUGAGGGUGGAGCUGCAUAUAAAGACAAACGAAUCCAGGUAAAUGAUCAGAUAGUUGAAGUGGAUGGUGUCAGUUUGGUUGGGGUUACACAAAUGUUUGCGGCCACUGUAUUGAAGAACACCAAAGGCAUGGUCAGAUUUCUUAUUGGUCGGGAAAAACCUGGACAGCAGAGUGAGGUUGCUCGGCUUAUCAGUGAAACAUUAGAACAAGAAAGAUGCCAGGAGGCAUUUCUUGAGCAGCAUUGUAGUCGGUAUAGUGGAAGUGAUAUUGAGCAGUCUGAAGAAUUUCCUGAAGAUGAAGUUGUAGCUAUGGGGAUAGCUGAAGUUCCUAAUCUACUUGCAAAUGAUGAUCUAUGUGUACCAAGUGAGUUGGAUUCCCAACUUGCUCUUAAGCUAAAAGAGCUGAGAAUUGCUGAAGCAGAGAAGAUUGAAUGGGAAAAUGCAAAGAUAAAGCUUCAGCAAAGUGUUGAAGAGAACAAAGAAAAAAUUGAAAAGGUGGAAAAAUAUUGGUUAGAAGCACAAAACCUUUGCAAAUCACUAAAUGAACAAUUGAAAGAAACCCAGGCUCAGUAUGAUGCGUUGGAAAAGAAAUAUAACAAGGCUAAGAAGCUGAUAAAGGAAUAUCAACAAAAAGAGAUUGAAUUUAUUAGAAAGGAAGAGGAUCACAGGAAAAAUCUGGAAGAUCAGGAAAAAGAACAUGCAAAACAGCUGAAGGCUUUGCAUGACAAGAUACAAGAACUGAAAAAUGAACUGCAUUCUACUGGACAUAAACCUCCCUUGCUCAGCUACAAUGAACUGGACAAAGCAAAACCGGUGUUUGAAAAUCUAGAACAAUUUGAAGAAAUUUGCACUGAAGAAAAUGAUGACAUAAACCUAAUUCCAAAACCUGCUGAAGAAUGUGAAUAUAGCAGCACCUCAAACAUCUGUGAUUUUGAUGAGGCUGUUCCAGAAACCAAGCGAUUAGAUACAAGUUCACACAAAGCAAGAGCACAGCUUGCCUUGAAAGUUAAAAGGCAGCCUCCUUCUAGAUUAAAACUAAAGGAAUAUCUUGGAGCUGGUGAUGAGAAUGAAAGCAUACAGAAUAAUGAAGAGGAGGAGAAUAAUAAUGAUGAAGUUCAGCAAGCAGAAGCAUCGUGUAUUCUAAGUAGCUUGGGUUCAGUACAAGCUAUUGAAAAUGCAUCUGUCCCUUUACCCGAGACAUCUGCGAAAGAUGAGGGGAUAGAAGAAAAGUCUGAUGUGGCAAGCACAAUCAGCUUGCAUGAUCGAAGCCCUUCUCCAUCACCUUGUUCCUCGCCAGUUCAUAAGAUAGCUGAGAGUAGUACAAGCUCAAAACAGUCUCUUACCAAAGUAUCAGCACCAUCAAGUUCUCCUUCGUCAUUUCUUACAAAGAUAAGGAAACGAGAAUCAAAAGGCAAAAGAAAAGAGACUAAUGAAGGCAAGAAAAGUGAAGAUGAACCAGCCAAUGGAAGUGAAAAUAUAUCAGGAAAAUCCAAAAGAAGAUUUGCUGAUUUUGGUGGAUUAAGAAAAUCUGGUGGAAAAGGCAAGAAAUUAGAUAAAGAAGAUUGUAGAACUUCACUUGAUAGCAGGGGAUCAAAAGAAUUGCUUGAAAGGUCAGGUGGUAACCUUUCAGCUGCAGAUUCAGUUUCAUCUAUACCAACUUGCAUGCCUUUUUCUUGGUUUGGGGAUAGUCGUAAAGAAGCUGCCACUUCCGACAACACCCUUCCAUCACCUUCAAGUUCACAUGACAUAUCUUGUGAACAGGAUAAAGAAAAGCCUAGAAAUAUAUUACUUGAUACAACAGAGAAAAGUCAAUGUCAAAUUCGAACUGUUCCUCAAUGGACAACACAACAAGUCUGUCACUGGCUGAUGGAAAUUAAUUUAGAGCAAUACACUGCAGAAUUUUUUUCCAAAAACAUUGAUGGAGAACAAUUAGUGCAACUAGAUAGCAGUAGACUUAAGGCUUUAGGUGUUACCAGUCAAAAUGAUCGUGCCACCAUUAAGAAAAAACUUAAGGAAGUUAAGAAAGCACAUGAAAAAAUAGAGAAGCAAAGAGAGAAGAUUCAAAAGAAAGAGAAAGAUCAACAGAGAAAAACUGGUACACAGGCCACAUCUGUAGAAACAAUAUGUUAAAUAGGACUCUUAAGUGCAAUUGAGAACAAAUAUUUUAGAUAGUUGUCCUAUUUCAGUGUUGCAGUAUGUUGAAUAUUUCACAAAUUAGUUGAUUCACACAUGCAGAGUAACUCAAAUGUACGUUAGUUUGACAUUUUAUAUUAGAGAAAUUUAUGGUACAUUUUCUGGUUUGUUUAAUGGAGUAGGUAAUUUUCUGUAUAUAAUGUUCAUACGUUUUUGUAGGUUUAUAAUUCUAUGCGGUCUUAAUUAGCUUUGGCCUUAAUAGUAAUAAAUGAAAUUAAUAUUUUAUUAAAACUUAAGCACACUAUUAAAAUUUAAUCAAAUACUUGCUAAAGGGUGUUGAAAAGUAUCUUGAAUUUCCUAAUGUGAUCCAAACUACAUUGCAAGGAAAGUUACACUACCCAGUCAAUUAUCUACAGAGUUGUAGAGAAUAAGGUACAAAGAUGGAACACUUAAAUGUUAUGCCUGUGGCAUUAAUUGAUCCAUUGUUUAUUGUGCAUUUCACAAAGGGGUAAAAUUGCAAUAGCUUUUUGUAUUUACAGUGCAAACUGUACAAUGUUACAAUUUUAUAAUUCUGUACUUUAUAAAUCCAUUGCACAAAAGGGGUGCCACUGUUUUGUCUUACGUCUUUUAAUCUUCUCUAUUGAGGUCAUUAGUGAUCAAUUUUUAUCCAAAGUAUAAAUGAUGAUUGGGAAUGAUUACAAGAAUAUUCCACUGAGUGUUCUAAUAUAGUAAUUCCUGUAGACCAAACUUUGACACUGUUGCUGUUCUUUGAAUCUUUGGGAGGUUAAUUAUUAUCUUUCCCACUUGUAAGUUUUUAAUUAUGUGUGUAGCUGUGUUACUUUUAUGGUUCUCUGAUUUCAGUUUUUACACUUUACUGAUCUUUUAUCCAAAAGAUGAAAAUCUUUCCAACUUGUGCUGUUCCCAGAAAUUUUAUAUUUGCCAAUGCAACUAGAGUUUUUGUUUUGCACUUUUUUGGACUGGACAUCAGGAUUUAGCAAAUAUAGAAUGGAAUACAUUGCCUUAAUUUCCCCUCCUCUAUCCAUUGAAAGACAAAUCACAGCAGAUGUAAAAGUAAAGCAUAACAAUAUUAUCUGCUUGCACCCAUCUGCUGCCAGUUUAGUAGUAGGCUUUCACAUGGAUUUCUGGUUGCUCUAUGAUGUCCAUCUUGUCCUGAUCCUCACAUCUCAUCCGUAUUCUCCUUUCUGUCAUAUCCAUUUAGCACAAAGUAAUAAUUUAAUAUUCAGAGCCAAUACCUUGGAUUCCCUUACCUUUCAUUAGGAAUUCCUUUAAAUGAUUAAAGCAGAAAAUGUGUUAUGUAAUUUACAUUUUUUUCCGAUUUUAUAUUUUUAAUAAAAUUAGAAACAUAUUUUAAAGCAUUACCUUAUGAAGAAACUAUGCAAGUAGACACACAGUACUUUGAGGGUCAUUGAAACUCCUUCUGUAAAAUAUUUUCUGUUGAUUUUCACUUGAAUGUAAUUUUCUGAAGUAAAAACUGAAAACAAAGAGCCAUUAUAUACUAUUCAUUAAAAAUCAAGUCUGACUUGUUGUUAAGUGAUGUGCACUUUUUGUCAGUGGGUCUUACUGUCAACAUCUGCAACCAGAAAGCAACUUUCAGUUGUCUGAUGACACAAUUACAGCAGAAUUUAAUAGUUUUCUAUUCUGGAACCUGUGUUUGUACUCUUCAAAGUUAAUAUUUGUUCCCAUCAUUGCUAAAGGAAAAAUGUAGUGAUAAAGGGAAAGGGAAAAUUGGUUAUUUUUCAUUUAUUUAGCCAUGGAAUAAAGAUAAAUAAUUAUCCAAAUAAGAUCAGUAGGAUGUAUUUCCUUGAGGAUCGUGUCUUCCUUGAUAGUCAUCUGAUAGUUGCCUUCUAUUUCUCAACCUCUUUAAUGCCUAUGUGUUUUUCUCAUGCUAUGAGAUUAAUUCUACUGAUUAAAAACUGGAAAAAG